UACAUUAAUUAGUUACGAGUACUUUAUAAUUAGUUGGUCACCUUAGAGAAAAGACCCUCAAAAACAAAACAAUUUAACCAUCAUUUUGAGAGUGAAGGAGAACAUUUGCUUGGCCAUUUGAACCAAAAUCACUAGUUCCAACUGGCAUAUAAAUGUGGUUUGAGAUUCAAAGUCUGUAGUCUUCGUUCAGUCGGCCCGCUAUGACAUUUGCAAAUGAGAUGGAGAGCGUGAAAACACUGAGGAUGAAAUGUCUUUUAUCCACUCGUAACCACAGCCCACAACAAAGACACCCCGAAUCGACUUCCAUCUCUUUCAUUUCCUGUUCCACAGGAAAUUGCCUCAGAGGAAGCUGAUAGCUCACUGCUCACAGCAGUAAUGUAAUCUCUCUUCUAGCUCCCUUUCAUUAAAGAAACGGCAGCAUUUUGUGCACUGACAAACAUGCACUCAUUCACCAAAACCCCUGAACAAAAUGCAUCUGUGGUCAAAAGGCAGUUUCCACAAUUGCCCUCAACCCAUUUUGCUUACAAUGAUGUUUACGUAAAUGAUGCUGGCAUUUAAAUUCAUAUUUUAAGAAAAUUAAGGUUUUAAUCUAUCUACAUUUUUCUUGGUUUCUAUAUUGAACAUGUUUCUGGGUGAUAAACUGCAAAGGCCUAUAUAUCUUACAAAAAUGAUGGGUGCUGUUUGCUGUUAUCUCCCUCUCUUCCACUAGCUGGAAAAUGAAGCCUCAUUUUUGAAAAUCUUGAAAUCUGAAUUAUUUUGCUCUAGAUUAAUUUCUCCUAGAAGGUGAGAUGAGCUUAUCCACUUCAAUCAGGGCUUGGACGUGUCGACAUUUCCUAAUGGAGCAGCCAUCCCCUCAAAAGCUAAUAUGAGUGAUCGCCUGCCCUGUGAGACAGUGGCCCUUCUUAACGUCAUUCGUCACACUAUAUAAUCCCAGCUCUGAUACUGCCGGGGGAGGAGUGUCAGGUACUGUGUCACAUGCGAGGAGCUCCCAGUGGUCUCUGAAGGGGCAGCUUAAGGAGAUAUCGUCUGAGACAACAGCACCUUCGCCAUAUGAAAUGCAGGGAAAGAAGACAUCUCAAGAGACAGCAGCUAUGUCCUCUGAACUACAAACUAAUCCGAAGGGGCCCCAGACAGCCCCUAAAUCACCUGUUGGGCUUCUUAGGAAGAGAGGUCAAGAAGCAAUUCCAAAGAUGCAACCCGCUAUGAUGAUGUUCUCCAGCAAAUACUGGGCUCGGCGAGGUCUAUCUUUUGAUUCAGCAAUGUAUGACCAACAACACCUUGCAGCCUCAAUGCUCCGCAGGACAUCCUUUAAUCGGAUAGAUGAAAGACCUGACAAAGAAGAACCAAAAUCCACUCAUGACCUUGGGAAAUUAGCAGUGAUUUUCUCUCUGAAGAAUGAAGUGGGCUGUCUGGUGAAAGCGCUGAGGCUCUUUCAGGAGAAGCAUGUGAAUUUGUCCCACAUUGAGUCUCGGAGAUCCAAGAGAGUCACCAAUGAGGUGGAGAUUUAUGCAGAGUGCAACUGCUCAAAGAAAGAGUUCAAUGAGUUGGUGCAGCACCUGAAAGACCACGUCAACAUUGUGUCAUAUAACACACCUCAACACGUGUGGUCUGCAGAGACCGACUGUUUGGACUGUGUGUGCGUUUUGGGUGGGUUGCCAGAUGGGGAAGGAAUACCAUGGUUUCCCCAUAAGAUCUCAGAGCUGGACCAAUGCUCUCAUCGAGUGCUAAUGUACGGCUCAGAACUGGAUGCUGACCAUCCAGGCUUUAAAGACAAAGUGUAUCGGGAAAGGAGGAAGUACUUUGUUGAGGUUGCAAUGAACUACAAAUUUGGGCAGCCCAUCCCACAGAUAGAGUACACACCAGAAGAAGUGAAGACAUGGGGAGUAAUUUUCAGAGAACUUACAAAACUCUAUCCAACUCAUGCCUGCCGCGAGUACUUAAAAAACCUCCCUCUUCUCACAAAGCAUUGUGGGUACAGAGAGGACAACAUCCCACAGCUGGAAGAUGUGUCUCGAUUCUUACGAGAGAGGUCAGGGUUUACCGUACGACCUGUGGCUGGAUAUCUGUCACCACGAGACUUCCUGGCCGGUCUGGCUUAUCGAGUGUUUAAUUGCACUCAGUAUAUACGUCACAGCACUGAUCCUCUAUACACACCAGAACCGGACACCUGCCAUGAACUGCUGGGUCAUGUACCGCUCCUAGCCGAUCCCAAGUUUGCUCAGUUUUCUCAAGAGAUUGGCCUUGCAUCUCUAGGCGCUUCAGAUGAGGAUGUGCAGAAGCUGGCAACAUGCUAUUUUUUCACAAUUGAAUUUGGACUUUGCAAACAAGAUGGCCAGUUGAGAGCCUAUGGAGCAGGUCUUCUGUCUUCUAUUGGAGAGUUGAGACAUGCGUUGUCUGACAAAGCAACAGUGAAGAUGUUUGAUCCCAAAACCACAUGCUACCAGGAGUGCCUCAUUACAACAUUUCAAGAUGUUUAUUUUGUCUCUGAGAGUUUUGAAGAGGCAAAAGAGAAAAUGAGGGAAUUUGCUAAAACAAUAAAAAGGCCUUUUUCUGUCUACUACAACCCAUACACCCAGAGCAUCGAUUUAUUGAAGGACACCAGGAGCAUUGAGAACGUGGUUCAAGAUCUACGCAGUGACCUAACCACUGUCUGUGACGCCCUGGGAAAAAUGAACACGUACCUCGGUAUCUAGCUAAUCAAAAUCAUCAGUGCUUUAUUGUAGAAUAAAACUGCAACUGUUUUACAUGAUUCAAUUCAAAUUUCAUUAAUACUGUAACAUCUGCAGUGAUGUUGAUUAUCUGGGCCAAAUGUCCAUUAGUCUUGCCUUGUUAUGAGGAUGUAUGCCACACAAAUUAAGGUGUGAAAGAUUGCAACCAUAGUCAUCACAUGGCAUUCAAAAAUGCAGUCAUCAUUACAAUGUAUUAAAGUGAUAUUGAUGAAAUAUUGAUAUUAUUAGGAACAACAAAUAAAGGAACAAAAAAGCAAAAGAAAGGAUUUAGUAUCUAUGUAGUCUUUGCCUCUUUGUGCCUAAUGUUGUGCGUAAGACUCAUAGCAAGUGAAGGCAGUUGAUAUGUACAAUUACAGAUGAUAAAAAAAAAAAAUUAGCCUACAUGUAGAAAUCACUAGGCGCUAUUCUGAUUCCAGUGGCAUUCUCUAUUUGUAAAGAGUAUGUUUGUGUUGCUUAUUUGUUGCUGAAAAGCCAACUUCCCAUUCAAUAAAGCAUUAUAUUUUAGCAUUAUAUUUUGGCCUGUUUUUUUUUUUUAAGUGUGCAGCAAUGAGUUAAGAACACAUUUCAUUAGUAACACAAAAUGUUAUUUUAUAUUAAAUGUAUAUAAACAAGUACAUAUUUAUA